CAGGUGUUCAAUUAGGUUGUAUUGGCAUCACCUGGCAUCAUUAUAAAAUGCUACACUUUCUGUACUUUGCAGAAGUUGGGCUGUUUUAUUUUAUCUGUGGUGAUGGGUGGACGUUUGUUUCUUUGUGCAGUUCUGUUGCAGUUGUCAGGGCACUUGCAAGUUGUUUCAGCAGGAAGUGGUCCUUUGAAGUGUGGCCUGGGCUCUAAACUGUGCGACGAUGGCUCAGACUGUGUCUUCUACAGCCAUGUGUGUGAUGGAGAGCCUGACUGCAGGGAUGGUUCAGAUGAAGUGGACUGUGCAUCAGGAUGCAAUGAAGAUCAGUUCCAGUGUGCCCAUGGGAAGAAGUGUAUAGGCAAGGACCAGGUGUGUGAUGGUACACCUCAGUGUCAGGACCGUUCUGAUGAACUGCAGUGUUCGGAGCAAACUGAGGGCUGUGUUCACCAGUGUGACAGCAAGAGUCGCUGCUUGCCUGCAAACUUCCUGUGUGAUGGCGAGAAGGACUGUUUAGACGGCACAGACGAGGCCAACUGUGAGGACCAAGAGGAAGACGGACAUGAAAAGGAGGCUGGGACUACGCCCUCUGUUGGCUCAUCGACCACCAUCAAGUGUCCUUUGGGCUCUAAACCCUGCAAGGACAUGGCAGAGUGUGUCCUCUAUAACCACAUCUGUGAUGGAGAAGCAGACUGCAGAGAUGGCUCGGAUGAGGAAGACUGCUUACCAUGUGAAGCAGACCAGUUCCAGUGCGCCCAUGGAAAGAAGUGCAUAGAGCGGAGCCAGGUGUGUGAUGGCGUGCAUCAGUGUCAGGACCGCUCAGAUGAACAGGGAUGUGCAAAGCACAUGGACGGCUGCUCUCACCAAUGUGAUGACAAUAGCCGCUGCAUUCCUAACAGCUUCCUCUGUGACGGGGAGAGGGACUGUUGGGAUGGCAGUGACGAGGCGAACUGUGCUGAUGAGGGCUGCAGUGCCACUGAGUUUAAGUGUACCAGUGGCCAGUGUGUGUCGGCCACAAUGCGUUGCGAUGGUCACCCAGACUGCUGGGACCGCUCAGAUGAGGAGAGCUGCACCAACGCACCUGUUUGCACCACCAAACACCGCUGCCCCCAGAGCAAGGAAUGUCUGGUGCAGGUCUGGAUCUGUGAUGGAGAUCAGGACUGCAAAGAUGGCACAGAUGAGAAGGAUUGUCCUGUGGUUCCACUAAACUGUGGUGAGUUCCAGUGGCCAUGUAAAUCAAAGUCCAAGUGUAUUCCCACAUCCUGGAGGUGUGACGGCAUGAAGGACUGUGACGAUAGCAGUGACGAGACUGAAUGUGGGGUGGAGACAUGUCUCCCUAACCAGUUCCAGUGUGGCAGCCAGGAGUGCCUGGAUCCAGUCCUGGUGUGUAACGACAUUACCGACUGCGCAGACGGGUCAGACGAGGGAGGCAGCUGCCGGAUAAACUGUGCAGAUGCAGAUAACAGCCGCUGCUCUCAGAGCUGCUACAGCACGCCACAGGGAAUGCGUUGUCGCUGUGCAGCAGGGUUCAGGCUCAUGGAGGAUGGCCUAACCUGUGCUGAUAUUGAUGAGUGUGAAGGCCAGAACCCAGGGGUGUGCAGUCAGCUGUGUAUAAACACUCCAGGCUCAUACCAAUGUGACUGCCACCCAGGCUACAUAAUGGAGGCAGGUGGACACCACUGCAAGAUCACUGGUGAACCCUUCCUGUUGUCAUCAGUCCAAACAGACCUCCUCUUGUUCGGCCUGCGCAGUGGCAGCCUAGAUAUGUUGUCUUCAUCUGCCAAGAAGGCCAUCCUCUCCCUGGACUAUGACUGGAGGGAGCAGAGGGUCUUCUGGGUCAGUCUGGACACUGAUAGCAUCAGGUGGUCCUCGCUGGACCAGAAAACCACAGGAACUCUGAUUAAAGGUGUCCGGGCUGAUUCUGUAGCUGUGGACUGGCUCGGGAGGAACCUGUACUGGAUUGAUGGUGUCAACAGUCAGAUUGUUGCCAUCAGACUGGCCACCCCCACUGUGAAGUCAAUGGACCACAGUGUCAUCCUGGAUGAAGACCUGGAUCAGCCUCGCUCUCUGGCACUGCUGCCACAAAAAGGGCUGAUGUUCUGGACAGAGAUUGGUAAUGUAGUGAAGAUCGAGCGUGCUGGGAUGGAUGGGUCGGAGAGGAUGGCAGUGGUGAACUCCAGUCUGGGCUGGCCAGGCGGUGUGGCUGUGGACACCAUCUCUGACAGAGUCUACUGGACAGAUGAAAGGCUGAGGGCGAUUGGCUCUGCAACACUGGAUGGAGAUGACAUUCGGAUUCUACAGAUGAAAGAGACCACCAACCCAUUCUCCCUGGCUGUGUUCAAUGACAUGCUCUAUUGGUCUGAUGCCAAGAAGCGAGUUGUGCAAGCUGUUAAUAAAAUUUCUGGCAAAAACCGCCAAGUUCUCCUGAAAAGACCCAGACAACCUUUUGGUGUGAAGAUCAUCCACCCAUUGCUCCAGAUGGGCAUUGAGAGCCCCUGUGACAAGAUGGACUGUUCAAACAUGUGUGUGUUGGCCCCGGGACCCAAGGCUGUGUGCAAGUGUCCCUCUGGUCUCUUACUGGCUGAGGAUGGCCUGACCUGCUCCAGCCUGUUCAAUUCAGCGUUCAUACUGAUGCUGUCUCCCUCCACUGUCACCCAGAUCUACUUGCAGUCCCGACACACAGCAGCAGCACUGAAGGGCUGGCCUGAACAUGUGGCCCUGCAGGUGCCCAGCGUCAAUGAGGCAGCAAUCAUGGACUACAGCAUACGUGACCACACCCUGUUCUUGGCAGACGACGGCACAACUUCACUCAGCUCCUUCAAGCUGAAGGACUCAAACUUAUUCUCUCAGGGCCAGCGUCUAAAACUCCUGGGCGACACCAUCACUGCCAUGGCCCUGGACUGGGCAACACUUAACAUCUACUGGAGCAGCAACAAACAGCCCCGCUUGCAGGUCACCUCCUUCAAGGCUGCGCACACUGCUGUUCUCAUAAAGGAAGGUAUUGGUAGAGUGGAGUCCAUCGCCCUCCACCCUCCCAGUGGAAGAGUUUGUUUCACCAACCUGGGCCUGCAGGGUUCAGGUACCGUGGCUACUAUAGAAUGUGCCAACAUGGACGGUGCUGAGCAGAGUGUGGUGUGGAAGGAUGCUGUCCAGCCCACAUCUCUGGAAUUUUCCAGUAAUGGAGAUACAAUUUACUGGGCUGACACAGGUUUAGGGACCAUUGGCUCUGUCCAGCUUGAUGGCUCUGGAUACAGAGAGUUGAAGACUGGUGAUGGCCUGGCUGCAGUGGCUCCAACUGAUGAUACACUGCUCUGGAUGACUGUCAGUGACAAGACCAGGCUCUGGUACAGAGAUGAGCAGCAGCAAAACAAGUUGUGGUUUGAGGUCGGCACAGAAGUGGUCAGCUUAAAGGCGUUCAGCAAGUCCAGUCAGACUGGUUCAAAUCAGUGCACAGAAAACAACGGCAACUGCCAGCACUUAUGCCUCGCCACCCCAGGAGGUCGAACAUGCAAGUGUACCCAUGAUCACAUCCUUGUGAAUGCCACCCACUGCAGCCCAGAGCAGCACUGCCCAGGGGGUAGCAGGCCCUGUCUGGAUCAACUCUCAUGCCAGCCUGUUGAGAAGUUCUGUAACGGGCAUGUUGACUGCUAUGACCACUCAGAUGAGAACUGUAUCAGUCUGAAGCGGUGGUCAGGAGCCAAGGUCCCUGCUCCCACACAGCCCCGCAGCUCCUCUUUUUCUCCUUCUCGCUCACCUCUCCUUCUCUCUGAAGACACUGGUCUGAACACCACCCUGAAUGUAAGCAGUCAGCUCAGGAACCUGGACACCCAGCACUGCAGCCAGAGACGCUGCAGUGGCAACGGAGCCUGUGUGGACACCAAUGGAGAGACUGCAUGUGUGUGUUCCCUGGGCUACAGGGGUGAUUCCUGUCAAGACCAUUUCCUGAACACCAUGCAGGGUCCCAUCAUCUACAGCGCCAUGGGGCUCUGUGCAGGAGUGGUUUUCAUUGUUGUGAUGGCGGUGGUGGUUAAGAAGAGGAGUGCCAAUACAAGGAUAGUUAGCCCAGAAGCAGAGAAGGAAACGAGUAUGACUGACCUGGACAACAAAGAUAAGACCACCCCCAGUACACAAACUGCCCCAGCAGACAUGGACAAACCAGAGGAAGUGGUAUCUUCUGUGGACUGAGUGACUUUUGGGCAAGCAUGUUUUUAAAUAAACAUUUUGCAUUUUC